GGACACACUCAGCUGAGAGAAGAAGAAGGAGCAGCAGGAGGAGGACAAAGACACCAUAGAAGAAGAAAAGUGGUGAGUUGAGUUUUUAGGAUAUCUGUGAAAUCCUCAUCUUCGUCUCCUUCUUCAAUCUUCUUCAUCAUCACUCUGCUCGCAGGUUUUUAACCUGCAUCUGAAGAUGGAGAGCAUUCGCACCGUGGUCUACCUGUCCGUCUGUCUGUCUGUGAUGACAUCACUCUGUCAGGGUCAGAGGUCAGCCGAUAACCACCUGCCGUCUGCACCUGACGAGCCGCUCAUGGGACUCACAACCAAAGACCUGGUGAGUCAUUUGUUGUGGUUAGGAUCUUUGGAGUCAGUGAAAAUGAGAUGUCUGUGUGAAAGUCGUAUUUUCAUCAAAGUCUCUUUGUUUUUUUUUAAAUUAUUAUUUUUAUUUUGUAGAUUUUAAAAGUUAUUAAAGAGAACGAUGAGCUUAAAUUAAGAACAUUAAAGUUUUCAGGAUUUGUUUAUUAUUUAAAUAUUUGAAAUGAUAAACACACAUUUAAAACAGGUCUUUUAUUGUGAAAAUUAAACUAACUAAACUAACGAGUAAAAAAAAAAUGAAUUAAGAGUUUUCAUAAAUUACAUUCAAAUCAUAAGAUUUUCAAAGUAAAGCCAUUUUUAUACUGAUACUUUUCUGAGAAAUGUAUUAGAAUGAGUUGAAAAAAUUUGUUAAAAAAGUUUGAUGAAAAAAUAUCACAGUGAAGUAUAUUCAUUAAACUGUUAGUAUAGUAGCAUAUGUAUAUAAAGUUUAGUAGUAUAAUAAAAAUGUCAUGGUAUCAUAUGAAAAAGAUAUAUUACGGUACAAAAAAAUGUCAUAGUGUAGUAUGUUAAAAAAAUGAUGUUUAAGUAUUAAAAAAAAUCAUAGUAUAGUAUUAUAAAAUGUCAAAGUAUAGUUUGAUAAAAAUGUCACAGUAUUGUUUGAUAAAUAUAUCAUUGAAUGAAAAAAAUCAUUGUUUACUAUGAUAAAAAUAUAGAGGAUAUAUUAAAAUAUAAGUAUAUUAUGGGAAAAUUGCCAUUGUAUAGUAUGUGAAAAAUAUUAUAGUUGAGUAUUUUAAAAAUAUCAUAGUUAAGUAUCUAUAUAGUAAAGUAUAAUAAAAUAUAAUAAAAUGUCAUUUUAUAGUAUGAAAAAAAUAUUGAAUUUUAACAAGAAAAAAACGUCAUAGUACAGUAUAUUAAAAAAUAUCAUAGUAUAGUAAAAUGUCAAAGUAUUGUAUGAUAAAAGUAUCAAAUGUUGGUGUUAUUGUUAUUGUAUAGUAUGUUAAAAAAAUUUGAAUUUUAGUAUUAAAAAAAUCAUAGUACAGUAUGUUGAGAAAGUCAUAGUUUGGUGUGAUAAAAAUUUCAAGUUUAUUAUGAUAAAAACUGUCAUAGUAUAGUAUGAUGAAUGAUGUCAUGAUAUAGUAUGUUAAAAAAUUUUGCACUCCAAUGUGAUAAAGAAUUCAAAUUUUGUUUGAAAAAACUGUCAUAGUACAGUAUGUAAAAAAAUUUCAUAGUAUAGUAUGAUAAAACUGUAACUGCACAGUAUGAUAAAAAUUUCAAAAUUUAGUUUAGAAAAAUUUCAAUAGUAUGUUAUUAAAUGUCAGUAAAAGAAUGAUAAAGAUGCCAUUGUUUAUUAUGAUAAACAUUUAAAAUUUUAGUAAACUCAAAUAUACUCAUUUGAGUUCAAAUUCUAGUAGGUAAAAAAGUCAUACAUGAGUAUGAAAAAAUAUCAAAGUAUAGUAUGUAAAAACAAUGUCAUAGUAUAGUAUGAAAAAAAAUGUCAUGGUAUAAUAUUGUUUAAAUUUUCAUAUUUUAGUAUUAUAAAAUUCAUAUUUUACUAUGAAACAAAUGUAAUAGUAUUUUACAAUAAAAAGGUCAUAGUAUAGUAUGUUAAAAAAUUAAGAUUUUGGAACGAAAAAAAUAAUAACAGUUAAGUAUUAAAAAAAUGUCAUAGUAUGGUUUGAUAAAAAAAUCAUAUAUAAGUAUGACAAAACAAUGCAAGUAUAGUAUGAAAAAAAAUCAUAGUAGAGCAUGUUUUAAUUUACAUAUUUUAGUAAUUAAAAAUUCAUAUGUUUGUAUAAAACAAAUGUCAUAGUAGUUUAAAAUUAAAAGGUCAUGGUUUAGUAUGUUAACAAUGUAAAAUUCUAGUAAGAAAAAAAAUAACAUUUAAGUAUGAAAAAAUGUUAUAGUAUAAUUUGAUAAAAAAUGUCAUAGGAUAGUCUGUUAAAAAUUUCAAAUUUGAGUACGUAAAAACAAUGUCAUUUUAUAGUAUGAAAAAAAUACCAUGGUGUAGAAUGAUAAAAAUUGAUAUUUGAGUAUGAAAAAAUAAUGUCAUUGUAUAGUAUGAUUAAAAUGUUAUAGUAUUUGACAACAAAAAGGUCAUAGUAUAAAAUGUUGAAAAUUUUAAAUUCUAGUAAGAUAAAUAAAUUCAUAGUUUAGUAUAAAAAAUGUAAUAGUAUAGUAUGAUAAAUAUUUCAUAGUGUAGUAUGAUAGAAAUUUCAGAUGAGUAUGAAAAAAUAAUGUCAUUGUAUAGUAUGAUUAAAAUGUCAUAGUAUAGUAUGUUUAAAUUUUUAUAUUUAAGUUUAAAAAAAGUCAUUGUAUUUCAUGAUAAAAAUGUCAUAGCAUAGUAUGUUAAAAAUGUAAUAUUAGUAUGAAAAAAAUUCAUGUUUUAAUAUAUAUAUUUUUUUUUUAAUGAAACAAAUGUCAUAGUAUUUUACAAUAAAAAGGUCAUAGUAACAUAUGCUGAAAAUGUCAAAUUCUAGUAUGAAAAAAAUGUCAUAGUUAAGUUAUUUAGAAAUGUAAUAGUAUAGUAUGAUAAAAAUGUCAUAGAAUUGUAUGUUGAAAAUUUUAAAUUUUAUUAUGAAAAUAAUGCCAUAGUAUUGUAUGGUAAAAACUUCAUAUUAAAGUAUCAAAAAGUAAUGUCAUAAUUUAUUGUGAAAAAAUGUCAUAUUUUUGUAUGAAAUUUUUUUUCAGUUAGUUUGAAAAAAUUACGUAUUUUAAAGACAGAUGUCAUUGUACAGAUGAUUAAAAUGUCAUAGGAAAGUAUGAUGAAAAUCUGAAAUUCUAGAAUGAAAAAAAUGUCAUUGUUUAGUAUAAAAAAAAUUUUAGUAUAAUAAGAAUGUCACAUUGUAGUAUGAAAAAUGGUAUAUUCUAGUAUGAAAAAAAGUCAUAGCACGGUUUAAAAAAAAAAAGCCAUACUAUAGAACGUUAAAAAUGUCAUAUCGCAGUGUUAAAAAAAUGCUGCUCAUGUCAGGGUAUGAUAAAAAAGUCAUAGUAUAGUAUGAUAAAAUGUCAUGGUAUUGUAUGAUAAAAAUGUCAGACCCAACUCGUCUGCCAAAUUUCAUGAGCUUUUAAGCCCAUCUAAAGGGGUUUUAAGUUGAAAAACUUUUAAUCGUAAUAAUAAUUAUAUCAAUAAUAAUAAUAAUUAAUCAUUCCUACGUGUUGACACGGGUCGUAAUAAUAAAUAAUAAACUCGGACUGAAAUCAACAUGAAGACACAAAUGUCAAUGCAAAGUGUCACAAAACAAAUGUGAGAAGAAAGAAACACAACUAAUAAAAUGAUCAAAGAGUUUCAACAACAAACAGAAAAAAAAAACAGAUAAAAUACACAAAAUAACAAAAUUAAUACAAAACAAACAUUUUCCCAAAGAGACAACAAAUAUAAAGAGGAACAAAAAGUUACAGGAACAAACAAACAGGAAGAAGUAACAGAAAAAAACAUGCAGCUUGUUUUUGUCUUUGAAUGUUUGUAUUUUCAACUUUUAUAUUUUCUGCUCAUAAUGAAUGACUUAAAAAUGUUUAAAACUAUUAUUUUGAUUUUACAUUAACAUAGUUUUUAAUUUUUUUUCUUUUUUGUGUGAAUAAAAACGUGAUAAUGUAGUAAUGUGUAAAAAAGAAAAGAGGAAAAAGCAGCUGCAGCUGGUGAGACAGAUUUAAUAUGAAUCAGAAACAAGGUUUCCAGGUUACUGAUCAAUUCAACAUUUAGACUUUAUAACGAUCAUUAAACUGUUUUAUUCAGUUCUACCAAAAGUAUAAUUUCCUUAAAAAUAAAAGCAUAAAAGACAGACUCAAAAAUAUCUUUAAGACCAUGGAGGGUGGAAAAACAGCAGAAUAUUCCCUUUAAAGGGUUGAAAGUGUGAACAUUGAUCUAUGUGUGUGUGUGCGUGCAUAGGCUGAAGCUCUGCAGGGUUUCCUGGAUGAAGCUGACAGCAGCGUCGGUCUCUCUGUGGAGAAGAAAGCCAGCGUCAUCCCUCGGGUGAGAACAUGACUGACAGCUGUCAAUCAAACUCCACCUCAUCUGGUUUUAUUUUAACCUGGAAGUGUUAAUGUGACAUCAUUUCCUCUGACUGCCUCUCUCUCUCUCUCUCUCUCAGUGUGACGUGGGCGAGCGAUGUGCAAUGAAACAUGGACCUCGGAUCGGUCGACUUUGCGACUGUCUGAGAGGAACGGCAUGCAAUACCUUCUUUCUGCGCUGCUACUAAACAUACACACACACAGACACACACACACACACCUGUCUCGCCGGACAGUCUCUGCAUGUUUCCAUCUGUUUUUUCUCGCUCUGGUGUCCGUCCCUCAGAUUCAUUUAUUUUUGUUAAAUAAAGAUUCUCCAUUAAGCUGCUCGA